AUGGAACUCGAUGUUCCUUUGAUUGAUUUAGCUGGUUUUUUGGCGGGAGAUAUUGCUGCCUCGACUCGAGCGGCUGAGUUAGUGGGAGAAGCUUGCAGAAAGCAUGGGUUUUUUAUGGUAGUCAAUCACGGUAUAGAUUCCAAUCUCAUAUUAGACGCUCAUUGGUGUAUGGAUGAUUUCUUUAAACGACCACUCGUCCAGAAACAGAGAGCUCAGCGGAAACUCGGUGAGCAUUGUGGUUAUGCCAGUAGCUUCACAGGUCGUUUUAUGUCUAAGUUGCCUUGGAAGGAAACUCUUUCCUUCGAGUAUUUUGCACAAGACGGUUACUCUCGCAACGUUGAAGAAUACUUUGAACGAACGCUUGGGCAAAAUUUUGGAAAAUCAGGGAAAGUUUAUCAAGAGUAUUGUGGUUCCAUGAGUAAACUCUCCCUAGGAAUCAUGGAGCUCUUGGCAAUUAGCCUUGGAGUGGAGCGCGAUCAUUUCAAGGACUUUUUCGAAGGACACGAGUCGAUUAUGAGACUCAACUACUACCCACCGUGCCACAAGCCGGACCAGACGUUAGGCACCGGACCACACUGCGAUCCCACAUCGCUAACCAUUCUUCACCAAGACAGUGUUGGUGGACUCCAAGUGUUUGUGGACGACGAGUGGAGAUCAAUCAAUCCCAUCCCUAAUGCUUUUGUUGUCAAUAUUGGUGAUACUUUCAUGGCCCUCUCAAAUGGGAAGUACAAAAGUUGUCUGCACAGGGCAGUGGUGAACAGCAAGAGUCCCAGGAAGUCCCUUGCCUUCUUUUUGUGUCCGAAUAAGGAUAAGUUGGUGAGGCCACCGGCUGAACUGGUGGACGAAAAUAGCCCGAGAAUAUAUCCCGACUUCGAGUGGCCGGCCCUGCUCGAGUUCACUCAGAAACACUACAGAGCUGAUAUGAACACACUGGAAAAUUUCUCAAAAUGGAUUCUCAAGCAGCAAGGCAAAACUCAUCAUCAACUUCUCUGA